UCAUUUUAAAGCUAUAUAUUACUCCAUCGCCCAAGCUCGUAUAGUCGUAUUGUCGUCGCGCGGCCGUCGAGGCGGUGGACACAGCUCGGUUCUUCCUCGCCCUAACCCUAUAUCCUUGUUUCUUCCGCUCCCUCUUUCACUUUCCAGCUCCUUCCGCCGCACAAGCCGCCCGACCUGCUGCCGUCUACGCCGACCAGUCUCCGGCUGCCCACACAACGCAGUUCGCGUGUUUCGUACUCGAUUCCCUUUUCAAGGAAUAUAGGUGGUGGGAAAUGGCGAGGAGAGUUUUGCUACUGUGUGGUGACUAUGUGGAGGAUUAUGAGGUUAUGGUGCCAUUUCAAGCACUUCAAGCAUAUGGAGUUAUUGUUGAUGCAGUUUGUCCUGGUAAGAAGGCUGGUGAAGUGUGCCGCACUAGCAUCCAUCAGCUUUCUGGUCACCAGACGUAUUCUGAAUCAAGAGGGCACAAUUUCACACUUAAUGCAACAUUUGAUGAAAUUGAAGUAAGCAAAUAUGAUGGGAUAAUUAUUCCUGGAGGUCGAGCACCAGAAUACCUUGCAAUGGAUGAUGUGGUUGUGAAGUUAGUAUCCAAGUUCCAUGAUUCCACCAAGACAAUUGCAUCUAUUUGCCAUGGACAGUUGAUUUUAGCAGCUGCAGAUGUGGUUAAAGACAGGCAAUGCACAGCCUACCCUACGGUGAAACCUGCUCUUGUUGCGGCUGGUGCCCACUGGGUGGAACCAGAAACAAUGGCAAAAUGUGUUUCUCAUGAUCAUCUUAUAACAGGAGGAACAUAUGACUGUCACCCUGAGUUAAUCCGUCUUUUCGUCCAAGCAUUAGGAGGCUCAAUAACAGGUUCAAAUAAGCGAAUUCUGUUUCUUUGUGGGGAUUACAUGGAGGACUAUGAAGUUAUGGUUCCAUUUCAGGCACUUCAAGCUCUUGGUUGUGAUGUUGCUGCUGUCUGUCCGAAUAAAGCUGCAGGCGAAAAAUGUCUGACUGCUAUCCAUGACUUUGAGGGUGACCAAACUUACAGCGAAAAGCCUGGCCAUGAUUUUUCCCUUACUGCAUCUUUUGAAGGCUUGGAUGCUUCAAGUUAUGAUGCCCUUGUAAUACCUGGUGGGCGAGCCCCUGAAUACCUUGCAGUAAAUGGGGAAGUAAUAUCUUUGGUGAGAGAAUUUAUGAAUGGGGGAAAACCUGUUGCAUCAAUUUGCCAUGGACAAGUGAUAUUGGCUGCUGCUGGUGUUCUCAAGGGAAGGAAGUGCACAGCAUACCCUGCAGUGAAGCUCAAUGUGGUUCUGGCAGGAGCAACAUGGUUGGAACCAGAUCCAAUUGAUCGUUGCUUCACCGAUGGCAACUUGGUCACUGGCGCUGCUUGGCCUGGCCAUCCAGAGUUCGUCUCUCAGCUUAUGGCUUUGCUGGGUAUCAAAGUAACCUUCUAGUGCCAUAAUACCUGUGUUUGUUUGCAAGUAAAUGCCCUUGUUCUCUGCUAAACAAUGCUGAGAGUUGUUUUUCUUUCUUCUGCGGUAUAUUGUUGUGCUAAGUCUUGCUUGCUACCUGUCUGUUAUCCUGCAAUGUGUUGCGAAUAAAAGCUGAUGCUGAUAUGUAGGAUUCUUCUUUUC